AUGAAACAAUUCUCGUUCACCGGGAGUUCAAAUGGCGUGGCCAUUCUGGUGGGCGGACCCCGCAAGCUGCCGGUUGGGCGUGGCUCGUGGGUGACUUGUAACGUGCACUUGAGCUGCACUCUGGUAGGAAGCGGCUCAGCCGAGGCAGGCGCCGCGCAGGUCUUCGUGGUACCAGGUGGACCGCAGGGGGUUUCCGGGACGGCGGGCGUGAACCGGGACCUUGCACCUCCUCCUGGCAUGGGCUUUCGUCGCAGCGAGGAAGAGCGUGUGGUGACUGCAGGUGUUCUCCUAGCUCCUCUUUUUUUCUCUCUGUGGGACUUCUCACAAGAACAAGGCACUGGUUCAGGGGAUCGCGUGUGCGCCCACCUGAGGAACAGCCUGGAGAACCUUGCGGCAAUGUACGGCUGCAUCUUCACUGGAGCGACACUGGUGCUGGCGAAGACUUCCCUCACCGAAAGAGAGCUGCGUGGGCAGAUCGUCGACAGUGACAGCACACAUGUUCUUACAGACGUUGAACAGGCCGAAAAAGUGAGGAAAGCAAUUUCGUCUCUUGAUCUCAAGGGUCUAUUAUCAAUGGGUCCUGUGUCUGGUUUCACGGAUGCCGCAUCAUUCAAGUACCUGGACCAGUCCACCUUCAGGGAGUGCCCUGUCGGAGACCCGAGGGAAGCAGUCUUCGUUGUUGUCUACACGUCGGGCACCACGGGACUUCCGAAGGGCGUCGAGCUCACUCACCAUAGCUUCGUUGCAAACUUCUGCAUAUCGAAGCCUUGUAUGUCAUCAGAUGAAACGGAUACUGUGCUCGCUUCGGCUCCUAUCGGCCACCUGUCUGGACUGCUGCUCGGAUUGAUGGCUGUUCUCGAUGGAUCGGUCUGCGUCCUUGCGCAGCCAGGCCUCAGCCUUCAAGAAAUCACUGAACUUGCUGAUGAACACAAUAUUACGUCUAUGUUCUCAUUUCCGACACGACUUCAGACUUUAGCAGAAGAGAUGCUCCAUGACGGAAAGCAGAUCAGGAGCAUCCGUCGCAUCGGCGUGGCCGGUGGUUUACUUUCACAAGCAACGUAUGAUGCGGCCUUCAAGGCAUUCGAGAAUCUCGACAGCUUGGUCAUCAUGUACACUAUGACGGAGAGCGGUGGCAUCGUCUGUUCAACUUCUCUGCACGAGGCGAUAGGAAUUGGCAUGGGUUUUCCAGGGGCCAUGGUUGAAAUCAAGGUGGCGGACCCUGUGAGUAGAGUCAAGCUGGGUCCAAAUGAGGCAGGCGAAAUCUGCUUCCGUAUACCGACAGUGAUGCGUGGCUAUCACAAACGACCAAAAGAGACAGCGGAAUUCUUUGAAGGAAAGGGCUGGUGCCGAUCAGGUGACGUUGGUUAUUACGACGAGGACGGGCGUUUCUAUUUCGUCCAGAGGCUGAAAGAGAUGAUAAAAUGCAUGGACAACCAAGUUGUUCCUGCUGAGCUUGAAAAAUUGCUGCUACAGGAGCUCUCCGAAGACAUUGCCGAAGUGACAGUGGUGGGGCUACCGCACACUUUAUACGGGAAACCAGCGGCUGCGGUAGUGCCCCGGGACCAGUACAUGUGUCACAAGGCCGCGGGGCCCUUGGCGGAUAAGAUUAAGGCUACCAUUGCAG